AGUGGUCAAGACUGAACACUCAUCCCAUCACUCAAACAAGAGAGUUUGUGAAAGCCAAAAGCCAUAAAAAGGCCGUCUCAACUCCUCCUCCCUCUCUUUCAUUUCAGUCCCACUUUCACAGCUUACAGGCCCCAAAUGUGCAGAAUCAAAAUCCCAUCAUAGUAUCAUCACAUAGCAUUAUUCACAGGUUCUGAUUGGUGUGAAAAGGAAAGAACAGGGAGAAGAUUUUGGUUGGUUUUGUUGAUUUUGGGAGAUGAGCAAAGGACGGCCACCGGAGCCUCUUGAUUUUUUCAUUUGGACUGUUGAGGACGUUGGCUUGUGGUUAGAAGAGAUAAAUCUCGGCAGCUACCGCCAAAUCUUUAAAGAGAAUGGCGUAAAUGGAGAGUAUUUGGAAGGGAUGUCUAUGUUUACAACUGAACAGAUACUUCGAUUCAUAAGAAGGUGCCACAUGAAAUGGGGGGACUUUAUAACAUUAUGCAAGGAGCUGAGGCGAAUAAAAGUGGCUUGUUUGAAAGGAGAGCAAAAGGUCCGUCGACCAUGGUGGGCCCCAUCAUGCCUUUCAGUUGUCUUUGUCAAGGUGUCAAAGAGGAACAGGCAGUCAAGAGUGGUUUCAUUGAAGCUGGAACCUUGAUGUAGAUUUUGCAUGUAUGUACUUGUAUGUAUGUACUUUUGUUGUACUUAUCUUUUAGUGGAAAACAGGAAAGUAGCUAAAAGAACGAUUUCAAUGUGUCUUUUUUGAGUUCAGAGGGUCUCAUGGUAGGUUCUUCGUUGGAGAACUUCCUCGCGUCCAUUCUCUGAUGUAUUAUUUUAGUUUGUUCCUUUUUCACAAGUUUGUGCAAAAGAAUAUAUAUUCGUGACAUAUGGAACGAUGAUAAGAGAUUAUGAUUGACAUAUGCGAAUGAUGGUAAGAGAUUAUGGUUCUGUA